CUAUAAAAGGCGGUGAGCCCGCCAGCGGCGGCCAUUUGCUUUUGUGGCGCAGAGCGGGAUAGCGGCAGCGUUCGGGUGAGCGGCUUCAGAGGGACAGCACUGGAUGCUGCCAGAGCUGGUGAAUUUCUCCAGUACUUUGUUUCUUUCUAGUGAAGUUUGGCUUCUCUCCCACCAGGUGUAAUUUCCUUUGGUGAUAAAGAUUGAAACUGCACGGACUUUCAGGUGACCGUCACAAUGGUGGAAGCAGAUCGUCCUGGAAAACUCUUCAUUGGCGGUCUGAAUACCGAAACAAAUGAAAAGGCACUUGAAGCAGUAUUUGGCAAAUAUGGAAGAAUAGUAGAAGUUCUACUGAUGAAAGAUCGUGAAACAAAUAAGUCAAGAGGUUUUGCUUUUGUUACUUUCGAAAGUCCAGGAGAUGCAAGGGAUGCAGCCAGGGAUAUGAAUGGAAAGUCUUUGGAUGGAAAACCCAUUAAAGUAGAGCAAGCUACUAAACCAGCAUUUGAAAAUAGUGGACGACGUGGACCACCCCCACCCCCAAGAAGCCGUGGUCCUCCUAGGGGGAUUCGAGGUGGAAGAGGAGGUAGUGGAGGAAUGAGAGGUCCACCUCAAAAAGGUGAGCACGGUGAAUGGAUUCAGGAGAUAGAACAGUGCUACCUUAAGAGGAAUGUACAUUUCUUUAGGAGUCCUGAUCCACGAGAUGAUAUGGGAGCAUACUCUGUCUCCUCCAGAGGACCACCACUGAAAAGGGGUCCCCCAGGGCGUGCAAAUGGACCACCACCUAAAAGGCCCCUUCCUUCAGGACCAAUGCGGAGUGGAGGAAUGGGCGGAAGAGGAAGUGGGUCGAGAGGACCUCCCUCACGUGAAAGGGACAGUUAUGGUUCACCACCUUCUCGUAGAGAGAUGAUGCCCUCCAGAAGGGAUGAUUAUAUGCCAAGAGAUGAUUAUUACAACAGCAGAGACAGUUAUUCUAGCAGAGAUUAUCCAAGUUCUAGAGAUUCAAGAGAUUAUGGUCCACCACCAAGGGACUCCUACAGUUCUCGAGAAUAUUCUCACUCCGGGCGCGAUGAAUAUGGCUCCCGAGGAUACAGUGAUCGUGAUGGGUAUGGUGGACGUGAACCACGUGACUACUAUAAUGAUCGCCCAAGUGGUGGCUCCUACAGAGAUUCCUAUGAUGGCUAUGGUAACUCACGUGGUGCUCCACCUGCACGAGGGCCCCCACCAUCUUACAGUGGAAGUGGUCGUUAUGAUGACUACAGCACCAGUUCUCGGGAUGGAUAUGGUGGAGGCCGUGAUAACUACAGAAGUGAGACUUACUCAAGUAGCCGCAAUGAUCGUGUUGGUAGGCAAGAUAGAGGCCCAGCUAUGCCAAUGGAAAGAGGCUAUCCCCCACGUAACUCGUACAACAGCUCGAGCCGUGGAGGAAAUCGUGGAUCUGGGCGCGGUGGGAACCGCUACGACAGGGGCAGUGGCCGAAGCAGAUACUAAAACUGAACUUGAUAUACCAUGGACCAAAAAAAGCCCUUGCUCUUAGUGCUUUUUUUCCCUUACUGAAACACAGACAAAAUUUGAGGUGAAAGGACUGUCAGGUGCUUUCCAUGCAAGCAGAUUUUGAAAACUUUAAUUUUGGUUUGCUGUUUCAUGUUAGUUUCUUGUUUUUUUAAAAAAAAAGUCAGUUUGUACAUUCUAGUGGGAAUGGUGCAGAGACUGGUUAAAGAUGGAAAAAAAAGUUAAUGUUAUAACAGUGCUACUGUCUGUGGCUUUCUCCAUACAUAAAUAUGGAUAUAUAGAAAUAGAUCUUGCUUUGUUGCACCAGUGCUAUUGUGAAAUAAAGACUGAAACCUUUUCAGUGAAACCUGUAUGUUUUUUAAGCAAGCUGCUUUUGGGUGGGAAAUGCAAAAGCAAAUCAUGUUAGCCUGGUUUUUACAAGUGGGAAGGAAAAAAUGUCCAGACAACACAAUACACCAAAGAGCAAGAAAUGGCGAUGACCGGUCAUUAAUUGCCCAAUGAAACAUUGCAAUUUCAAAAUAUGCCAGUUAUGUUUCAGUCUCCUCCAGUUCCAGAUCACCAUUCAACUUCUCAACUCCAGUCACAGCUGACUCUGAAGCAAGCUGGCUUUUUAAAAAAAAUCAAAUCGUCAGCAGUGAGUAUCUUAAAGUGUUUUGUUUUUAAGUUCUGGCUUAAAAUGGAUACAAGUCGUAAAUUUCCCAAAUGUCGUUAAAACACUUUUAUGACUCAAUUUUCUGAAAGUGUAGUGUCUCACCUUUAAAAGGAAUUUACUAUGGUUUUAAGAAUUAAGCAUCAAGAUCUGCAAUGGCCUGUCACUGUUCAAAAGUUGGAGACUUAAAGACAGUUGAAUCUAGAACAUUCUCAGCCGAUUCAAAGGGCCAUUUUAAUGUGAAAAGAACAACUCUGGUAAGCAACGCAACCUUAUUUUGUUAACCUACUAAAUGAAACCUGUGGUUACAUAAGGAAGCACAUCGUUCACCAAUUAAUACUCCAUGUUGAAUUUAAACAGAAAAGUGGAAUUAUGUAGGUAAUGAGCAAACAAUUUUAAAUUACCUACUAAAUGAAAUACGAUUACAUAAGGAAGUGCAUCGUUCACUCAACAUAACUCCAUGUUCAGUUUAAACAAAAUGGAAUUGUAUAGGUCCAGCAGCAAAUCCUUUUUAAGUUACCUACUAAAUGAAACCUGUUUCUUAAGGAAGCCCAUCGAUCACCAAAUAUAACCAUUCUCCUGUUCGAAUUUUAAAAAUGAAAUGGAAUUCUGUAUGCUAUCUCAAAACUGAAACCUGUGAAACAUUUUCUGAACCACGUUGGACAAGCAUUCAGCAGCAGCACUGGACUGGAUGGCCAAUGGAAAAUGUAAAUUGAGAUUUAUUGUUUUUUU